ACACAGCACAGCACAGCACAGCACAACUCAUUCCAACCCAAUCGAAAACCAAGUUCAACUUCAAAACCAAACAGCAACAAUCCAACAUCAGAUGAACUUAUCAGCUUUCAUUCAUCGUAAUACAUUCUUUCUAAUCCCAGAAUCAAAACACGCCAGAGCAUUUCUCCUAGUGACGAUUAUCGAAUCAUUUAUCAAUAUCACCUUAGAAGCAAUCAUCAUUGGAAGAACAGAUUUAUUAAAAUCAUUAUUAGAUGCUAAAGCUAGAACACCUUUAGCUGUUUAUCUUGCGAUCUUUAUCUUGGCUCAUCUUUUUCAAUUGUUUUUGGCUCAUGAUGCUUUAAGACAAAAAAAUACAAUUCAACUUAUUGGUUUGUGUUGGUUUAAUUUGGCUUUCUUGGUUUAUGCUGUCAUUCAGGUACCUGAAAUCAAAGAAAUCGAAGAAGUAGGAAAACAAACCACACCGAACGAAGACCCCUCAAACGGAUCAUCUACAAUCCUCUUACUAGCCAUUCCAGCUGUCAUUACGAUUUCUGAAUUAGGAUUUAUUUAUUUACUUUGGUAUUUGUUUAGAGAGUUUGGUUGGCAAGUUUAUAAACAAAUCGGAGCUGAUCGUAGACUUAAAAGGAUGUAUUUCAUUUAUCAAAUUUUCAUCUGUGUACUUAAAUUUGAUUAUUUCUUUUUCUUUGCAUUCUCAUUACAAUUAGUUUUAUUAGUUCCAUCUGUUAGUAAUCUAGAAAAGAUCUUAACGAUCAUUGCCUUACCCUUAACGUUGGUGUUAUUAGUCUUGGGUUAUAUUAGUGUAAGAAAAGAAUCAGAUUGGAGUAUGGUGUCUUUUCAGAUCGGUUUGGUUUCUGGGGCUGGGUAUUUUGUUUAUAAACUUUUUAGGAUUUGGCAGGGUAGAGAUGAUCCACUUUCUUAUCAAAGUGUAUUUAAAUCUCUUACAGUGUUUUCGGUUUCAUGUUUGUUAUACGCAAUUGUGACUUCGAUUAUUGGAAUAAUUUGUUACAGAAACUUUGGAAACGGAUUGAAAACUUCAAUGAAUCGAAGGAAAAACGGAGAGAAUUUAGAUUCAUUAGGAAUGCAUUAUAAUCUAGAUUCGACUUCUACAAUCGAUCAAUCUAAAUCUAAUAAAUCUUCAAGUAAACUACAUUUACCUAGAAGACAUCAUGAUCCCAAUUCGGCAGCAGGGAAUGGGGCAGUCGAAUGGAGUGCAAAUCGAAUGUCAAUUGAUUAAUUUAAUUCUCUUUUUUUUUGCUUUUUUUCUUUUUUUCUUUUUUUUUGGUAUAUCACACUUUCAUUACAUAUCUUCGUUUUUUUGUAUAUCCAGAAAAAAAUCAUUUCCGUUUUUUUGCUUUUUUCACUUUUUUUUUCACUUUUUUCACUUUUUUCACUUUUUUUCUUUUUCUUUACUUUUUUUCUUUACUUUUUGGACUAUCGUUUUCAUUUACAUUUUCUUUUUGACUUUUUUUUGACUUUCUUAAAAAGUCGGUGACUGACUUUGAAACAAGAAAAAAAAGAAUCCAAUUUGUUUUCUGACUUUUUUUGGAACAAAAAAAACGAUAUUUGUUUACUCUUUUUUUUCUGUACAUUCAUGAUUGUUUCUUUGUGUAUAUUUUUUUUGUUCUUUUUGGUUUUAAAACAUUCUUUUUCUUUGAUUUUUGAAUUUUGAUUUUUGAUUGGAUUGGUAUGUUAUUCUUUGGUUUUGGUUUUGUUUUGGUGUGAUGUGUUGUUUUGAUGUGAUGAUGUGAUGUUGUGAUUUUGAUUUUGGUUUUGAUUUCUUUUUGUUCUCAUUUCAUUUCAUUUCAGUUUUUUUUUGCUCU